AUAAUUAAAACUAAUAUUAUUACCCCGAAAUUUAUACUUUUUGGAUAGUUCUACUCCCUCAUUCCGUAAUCAGCUUUACCCUCUUUGCUUCAUUGCUGAUCUAUUUUUUUUAAGAACAACAGCCUUUUGCUACUUAGAACAACAUCUAAUCCAAAAUGGUAGAGGAAAGAGCCUUUAUUGCUAAAGAUGUGACUGAGUUAAUUGGUAAAACACCAUUGGUAUACUUAAACAAUGUUGUUGAUGGUUGUGUUGCUCGCAUCGCUGUGAAGCUGGAAGCCAUGGAACCAUGUUCUAGUGUUAAAGACAGAAUUGGAUACAGUAUGAUUACUGAUGCAGAAAAGAAGGGGCUAAUUACUCCAGGAGAGAGUGUGUUGAUCGAACCCACUAGUGGAAACACUGGCAUUGGAUUAGCUUUCAUCGCUGCAGCUAAAGGUUACAAGCUCAUCAUUACCAUGCCGGCAUCAAUGAGUCUUGAGAGGCGGACUAUUCUCAAGGCUUUUGGUGCCGAGCUUGUCCUUACUGAUCCAGCAAAAGGUAUGAAAGGGGCUGUUCAAAAGGCGGAGGAGAUUCGCGAUAAGACUCCUAAUUCUUAUAUUCUACAACAGUUUGAAAAUCCAGCCAAUCCCAAGAUUCAUUAUGAAACCACUGGACCAGAAAUUUGGAAAGGCACAGGGGGAAAGAUAGAUAUACUUGUCUCUGGUAUUGGGACUGGAGGCACGGUAACAGGUGCAGGGAGAUACCUAAAAGAAAAAAAUCCUGAUGUUAAGCUAAUUGGUCUGGAACCGGAGGAAAGUGCUGUAUUAUCAGGAGGAAAGCCUGGCCCGCAUAAAAUUCAAGGACUUGGAGCUGGAUUCAUACCUGGUGUUUUGGAUGUAAAUAUUCUUGACGAAGUAGUCCAGAUAUCAAGUGAGGAAUCAAUCGAAAUGGCAAAAAGGCUUGCCCUCAAGGAAGGUCUGCUGGUUGGAAUUUCAUCUGGCGCUGCUGCUGCAGCCGCCAUUAAAGUCGCCAAGAGGCCUGAAAAUGCUGGAAAACUCAUUGUUACGGUCUUUCCUAGUUUUGGUGAGCGAUACUUAUCAUCGGUGCUAUUCGAAUCAGUACGGAAGGAGGCAGAGAGCAUGCCUAUUGAGUCCUAAUCUCGGGUUUUCUUUAGAGGGUCUUGGAUUCUUCUCAGCAUACAGUUUAUGUAUUUGGUUUUAGCCAAUCUCAAUCUUUUGGGAUUAAAGCUCAGGUGUUGAUGGGCCCACGAUCCUUGUGUAUUGGAAUAAUGUCAGUUUGUUCUGUUCCUGAUCCUUGGACAUGGAUUGUGUGUUGUAUGAAAUAAAAUGUUUUUAUGUGGUGCAA